AUGACUUGCGGCGCAUGUACUUCGGCCGUCGAGAGCGGACUUAGAGACGUCGACGGUGUGGGCAAUGUGUCCGUCAGCCUUAUAAUGGAGAGGGCCGUUGUUAUGCACGAUCCCACGAGAAUCACCGCCGAGAAGAUAGCCGAGAUAAUCGAAGACCGAGGAUUCGACGCUGAAGUCCUCGCCACAGACAUACAAACACCGAAAGCAAAUGUGGACGACGCAUUCCAAGACGCCAUGGACGACGGCGGCGCACAAUACGUUGGAACCGUCGUGGCAAUCGAAGGCAUGACCUGCGGCGCCUGCACCUCGGCUAUCGAGGGCGCAUUCAAAGACGUCGCUGGCCUCAAGACAUUCAGCAUUUCCCUAUUAUCCGAGAGAGCCGUUAUAGACCACGACCCUGUAGUUUUGCCCGCCGACAAGAUCGCAGAGAUGAUCGAGGAUCGAGGCUUUGGCGCAACUAUCGUCGAGACCAAGCCGCUGGAGCGUGAGGAGAAGAGGAGCUCCAAGACUACAGCAACGAGGUCGUCGCAAGUAAUAACCACCGUUGGCAUCGAAGGCAUGACCUGCGGCGCCUGCACUUCGGCAAUUGAAUCCGGAUUCAAAGGAGUCGAAGGCAUGAUCAAGUUCAACAUUAGUCUUUUGGCCGAGAGAGCCGUGAUCACACACAACCCGUCGAUACUAUCAUCGGACAAGAUCGUGGAGAUCAUUGAGGACAGAGGUUUUGACGCCAAGAUCAUCUCGACCCAAGCCGAGGCCGCAGAUGCGACGCAGACCACAUCCACAGCGCAGUUCAAAGUCUUUGGUGUGCUAGAUGCUGCCGCAGCCACAUCACUGGAAGAAAUGCUACAAACGAUGCCUGGUGUCAGCUCAGCCAAGUUGAGUCUCUCAACAUCGCGCAUGACCGUGAACCACAAACCGGGCGCGACAGGUCUCCGGGCCAUCGUUGAAGCAGUCGAGCAAGCGGGAUACAACGCAUUAGUUGCCGACAACGACGACAACAACGCCCAACUAGAGUCUCUGGCCAAGACAAGAGAGAUAAACGAAUGGAGACGGGCCUUCAAGACGUCUCUCUCCUUUGCAAUUCCGGUAUUCAUCAUCGGCAUGAUUCUGCCAAUGGCUUUGCCCUUCCUGGAUUUUGGAUCAUGGCAGCUCCUGCCCGGUCUCUUCCUGGGCGACAUUUUGUGUCUGGUCCUGACCAUUCCCAUUCAGUUCGGCAUUGGAAAGCGCUUCUACAUUUCUGCAUACAAGUCGAUCAAGCAUGGCUCACCGACCAUGGACGUCCUGGUCGUCCUCGGCACUUCCUGUGCUUUCUUCUUCAGCUGCGUCGCCAUGCUGGUGUCCUUCUUCUUCCCGCCUCACUCAAGACCGAGCACAAUCUUCGAUACUAGCACUAUGUUGAUCACCUUUAUCACGCUUGGUCGAUUCCUGGAAAACCGUGCCAAGGGCCAGACGUCCAAAGCGCUUUCUCGACUAAUGUCACUAGCUCCAUCCAUGGCCACCAUCUACGCUGACCCCAUUGCCGCGGAGAAGGCUGCGGAGAACUGGGACAACGUUGCUGGGAACGGCGAGCCAAAAACCCCAAUGGCAGACGGCAACGCCGCUGAGGAGAAGAUCAUCCCGACAGAGCUCAUCCAGGUCGGAGACAUAGUUAUUCUCCGACCGGGAGACAAAAUCCCCGCUGACGGUGUCUUGGUGCGAGGUGAGACAUACGUGGACGAGAGCAUGGUCACUGGCGAGGCUAUGCCUGUCCAGAAGCGCAAGGGUUCCAACCUGAUCGGCGGCACUGUCAACGGCCACGGGCGAUGCGAUCUCAGGGUCAUCCGCGCCGGUAGGGACACACAGCUAAGCCAGAUCGUGAAGCUCGUCCAGGAUGCUCAGACAACGAGAGCGCCGAUUCAGAGAUUGGCAGACACCCUCGCCGGAUAUUUUGUCCCGACCAUCCUCGUCCUUGGCUUUGGGACCUUCGUUGUCUGGAUGAUUCUCAGUCAUGUGCUCACCCACCCACCCAAGAUCUUCGAGGAGGAAGCUAGCGGUGGCAAGAUCUUCGUGUGUGUCAAGCUUUGCAUCUCCGUCAUCGUCUUUGCUUGCCCAUGUGCCCUCGGUCUCGCCACUCCCACUGCCGUUAUGGUCGGCACGGGAGUUGGCGCUGAGAACGGCAUCUUGGUCAAGGGCGGAGCAGCGUUGGAGACCACCACCAAAGUCACCCAGGUUGUUCUCGAUAAGACUGGCACCAUCACAUACGGCAAGAUGACUGUAGCGAGCAUGAAGGUCGUUCCUCUCUGGCAAGACAACGAGUGGCGCCGUAGGUUAUGGUGGACUAUCGUUGGUCUCGCGGAGAUGGGCAGUGAGCAUCCUGUCGGUAAAGCCGUUCUCGGCGCUGCCAAGACAGAAAUCGGCAUCGGGGCCGAGGACACCAUUGAGGGCAGUGUCGGCGACUUCGCUGCUGCCGUCGGUCGUGGUAUUUCAGCCAGCGUGGAGCCGGCUACGAGCGCCGAGCGCACGCGGUACACGGUGCUUGUUGGCAACGUUAGGUUCUUGCAGGAGAACAGCGUCGACGUGCCCUCGGAGGCCAUCGAAGCCUCCGAACGUAUCAACAAGGAUGCGUCCUCUGGCAAGUCCGGCGAUUCUGCUGGAACGACCAACAUUUUCAUUGCCAUCGACGGCAAGUACUCUGGUCAUCUGUGCCUCUCCGAUACGAUCAAGGAAGGUGCGGCUGCUGCCAUCUCAGUUCUGCAGCAUCGUAUGGGCAUCAAGGUGGCCAUGGUGACUGGCGACCAGCCCAGCACCGCCCAUGCCGUUGCCGCAGCGGUUGGCAUUGCCGAGGAGAACGUCCAUGCCGGCGUGAGCCCGGACCAGAAGCAAGCCAUCAUCCGCCAGCUCCGCGAGCAGGGCGAGUGCGUGGCCAUGGUGGGCGACGGAAUCAACGACUCUCCCGCGCUCGCUACCGCCGACGUGGGCAUCGCCAUGAGCUCCGGCACGGACGUCGCCAUGGAGGCGGCAGACGUGGUUCUCAUGAGGCCGGACGAGCUGAUGGACAUCCCCGCGGCACUGCACCUCGCUAAGUCGAUCUUCAACCGCAUCAAGGGCAACCUGGCGUGGGCCUGCAUGUACAACGUCAUCGGGCUCCCAUUCGCCAUGGGCAUCUUCCUGCCCUUCGGCUUCCACCUGCACCCCAUGGCCGCCGGCGCGGCCAUGGCCCUGAGCUCCGUAUCCGUCGUGGCGUCGUCGCUGUUGCUCAAGUUCUGGAGCCGGCCGCGCUGGAUGGACGAGGCCGCCGGCAAGGCCGCCCUGAGCAGGAGGGCGAGGCGGCCCGGCAAGAUGGACUUUGUCAGGAACCUCGCCACGGACGUCAUCGACCGCGCAAAGGGCGUCGUGGGCCGGAGGAGGAAGGACGAGGAGGGUUAUGUGCCCCUGGCGAACCUGGCGGAUGCCGAGGACAGGGUAUGA